GAUACUUCGGCAACUCAUGGACAAUACACCUGCUAUCGAUCCUUACACGCGGCAGUCAGUGUGAGACGAGACAGCAGAGAGGAAACAUGCCGGCCAAGCUAGGAUACUGGAAGAUUCGAGGCCUUGCCCAGAGCAUCCGCCUGCUGCUGGAGUUCACGGGCACCGACUACGAGGAGAAGCUGUACGCGAACGGCCCGACCGAGUGGCUCAGCGAGAAGGAGACGCUGGGACUGGACUUCCCCAAUCUCCCCUACUACAUCGCAGACGACGUGAAGCUGAGCCAGAGCUUGGCCAUUCUGCUCCACAUCGGCCGCAAGCAUGACAUGUGCGGAACGACUGAUGCUGAACGAUCCACCAUAGAUAUGUUGGUUCAUCUGGCCGACGACAUGAGAAUGCACUACAGUCUCUUCGUCUAUAUGGAUUACAAAACCAAGAAGAUCGAGUACUACAGGCGAAUGCACAAUAAUGGAGAGAGAUUGUCAAAGUACUUGGGCAACAAGAAGUGGUUUAUGGGUGACACAAUCACUGUCGUUGACUUCCUGAUGUACGAGCUGCUGGACAUCCAUCUAAAACUGAAGGACGAUUGGCUUAAGGACUUCAGCAACCUUCAGGAGUUCCACAAGCGCUUCGCGGCACUGCCAGCCAUCCAGGAGUACAUGGCUUCACCUCGCUUCAUUUCAGCGCCGCUUAAUGGAGCUUCGGCCCUGUUUGAUAUCGUGUAGAGUGUCGUCUGUUUGGCCUGUUUAAACAUAUGAAACAUAGGGAUAGGAAUUAAAUGUUCUCUCACUCUCUGUCUCUAUUCUCUUGCUAUUUGUGUGGCUGUCUCUCUACACUACUAGAUUUUGGAGUAUCUCUUAUGCCGGACUAGAUGUGUUUGGUCACAGCUCUGAACUUCGAGCGGCGGAGAACGUGUCACGGUCCUCUCUCUGCAGUUUAUGAACUCGUAAGCAGUUCUGUGUUGCGGUUAUCUCCUGCCGGCGGGGCUGAAGGAAGGGGCAUUCAUCUGGGAAAUGAUUUGAUUGAAGAGCUGCUGAGGCAUGGAAACUGUGUGGCAACAUUAGAUAAAAGUGUUAAAAAUUUCCACACGCACAAAAACAAUGAGUUACACAGGAAUAUUACAGAUGUUAACAGCUAUUGGGACGGCCUUCCAUGGUCUAGCUCCAUCAUAAUAUUUAACAAAUAUGAUAGAUACUGAAAGAAAUGACAAUUAUUUACUUGUAAUGAUCGUGAUUGCUUGGUGAUCACUGUAUAUUCCUUGUUGGAUGUAUUAAGAUUUCUUAGAUAUAUUCUUCCCCCUGAACCUGUUUUUAACAUAAAAAACAAAAACAAAAAAAGACGUAGGAGUCAUUAUUGCACGCGAACAAACAUAGGUGCGGUGUGGCAUUGACAGUAGUAGCCAAAAAAUAAACGAACAAAUUAAACAAAUGAACAAAAUGAAACACACACACACACACACACACACACACACACACACACACACACACACACACACACACACACACACACACACACACACACACACACACACACAUACAUACAUAAAUAUACACGCACACACCUACCCUACCCUACUUCGUGUUUAGAAAGGGACAGACAAGGAUUCUACUGUUAUUGAGAACUGGGCAGUUUGUGAAGCCAUCCACAUUUACUUUACAUUAAUGUACGGUUAAAUGCAGAUACAGGAUAUUUAAUUGGCGACUCAUUAGCACGGCAAGUAAAUUGAUUGAUUUGCAAAUACUGUUUGUGAAAAAGGUUAUUAUUAUAUCUAUGAUAUUAAUUUUUUAUACGUGUUCCUGUUAUUGUUUUCUUUGUUAAAGGCAAUAUAUGUAUUUGUACACA